AGUGAAGGCAGGGACCCAGCUGCCCAGGCCCUGCCUGUCUGGCUGGGGCUGGGGGCUGGGGGGAGGUGGCCAGGAGGCCGGGCCUGGGCAGCCAAACUGGAGCCUUGGCCAGGGUCCAGCGCCUCCCUCCCUUCAGCUUCCUGCCUCGCAGAACCCUCGCCCCUGGCCACCCCGGGCUGCCUCCUUGCCCAGGCAGACCCAGCGCUGGCUGCUGCCAGGCAGAUGGGGUAGUGGGCAGGGGUUGGAGGGGCCACCCUCCCAGCUGACCCAGCCUCCUGGACCAUUUCCUCUAAGCCAGCAGGGCAGAAAGAUGGGGCACUCGCCAGACUCCCCCAGUGUCCCAGCCCCAGCUGGCACCACAGCUCUGUCCGGGCUCAUUCCAGACCUCAUCGCCGGGACCCCCUGGCCCAACUGGGCUGGCACAGCUGGCGCCUUUGCCUCGGGCGUCCCCCUCCUCUCCGGCCUCCUCUCCGCUGUCUGCUGCUGCUGCCGCUGCCACAGGAAGAAGCCCAGAGACAAGGAGGCCGUGGGCUUGGGCAGUGCCUGGGGCACGACCACCACCUGCCUGGUGCAGCCGGAUGUGGAGAGUCUGCAGCCCAGCCCGGCGGCCGCUCCGCCAUGGGGGCGCCUGCAGCUCUCCCUGGAGUACGACUCUGGAAGGCAGGAGAUCCGGGUGGGCCUGAGGCAGGCAGCCGACCUGAGGCCCGGGGGCACCGUGGACCCCUAUGCCCGGCUCAGCAUCUCCACCCAGGCUGGGCACAGGCACGAGACAAAGGUGCACCGAGGCACACUCUGCCCCGUGUUUGAUGAGACCUGCUGCUUCCAUGUGAGUCAGGGCUGGGCGGCUGGGCGGCUGGGGGGGACUGGGCGGCUGGGUGGCUGGGCAGCUGGGGCGGCUGGGCUGGGGCAGAGGGCCUGGCUCUUGCCACUGCCUCAGGUCCCGCAGGCGGAGCUGCCAGGGGCCACCCUGCAGGUGCCGCUUUUCCACUUCAGGCGCUUCUCGGGGCACGAGCCCCUGGGUGAGCUCCGUCUGCCACUGGGCACCAUGGAUCUGCAGCACGUUCUGAAGCAGUGGUACCCCCUGGGCCCGCCAGGUGCCACCGAGCCUGAGCAGGUCGCGGAGCUGUGCUGCUCCCUCCAGUACGUGCCCGGCUCAGGCCGGCUAACCAUGGUGGUGCUGGAGGCCCAAGGCCUGCGUCCAGGACUGGUAGAGCCCUACGUGAAGGUCCAGCUCAUGCUGAACCAGAGGAAGUGGAAGAAGAGAAAGACAGCUGGCAGAAAGGGCACGGCUGCCCCCUACUUCAACGAGGCCUUCACCUUCCUGGGGCCCUUCAGCCAGGUCCAGAAUGUGGACCUGGUACUGGCCAUCUGGGACCGCGGCCCGCAGCUCGGGGCCGAGCCGGUGGGCAAGGUGCAUCUGGGUGCCCGGGCCUCGGGGCAGCCCCUGCAGCACUGGGCGGACAUGCUGGCCCACGCCCGGCAGCCCGUGGUCCAGUGGCACCCCCUGCGGCCGGUCAGGGAGGUGGACCGAGCGCUGGCUCCGCAGCCCCGCCUGCCCCUGCCCCUGCCCCGCUCCGGAACACACCAUGGGCCUCGGUCUCCCCGCUGAGCCCGGCCACUUGCCCAGGCUGCCCUGCAGGACCAUUGCAAUAAACGCCUUCUCCUGCCA